AUGAGGAUGUUAGACAAUAUUAACACCAGCAUCUUGCCUUCAGAGUGCAGCAUUACCCACAAAGGAAGAUACAUCUACCUGGAGGCGCUGCUGCACGGAGGCGCUCCAUGGGGAUUCACGCUGAAAGGAGGGCUGGAGCACGGCGAGCCAUUAAUCAUCUCAAAGAUCGAAGAGGGAGGCAAGGCAGACUCCCUGCCUUCCAAGCUGCAGGCUGGUGAUGAAGUGGUGAACAUCAAUGAGGUGGAACUGAGCAGCUCCAGGAGAGAGGCCAUCUCCCUGGUGAAAGGGUCCUACAAGAAGCUGAAGCUUGUCGUCCGCAGGGACACACAUGCAGCAAAGGGAUGCACCGACCUGUCUCCCAGCCCACUCGGUCCGGACUGUGUGAGCACUGACUUCCAGCCCAGCAAAGCCACGUGGUCUGGAGGAGUUAAGUUACGGCUGAAGAGCAGGCGGAGUGAAACUCCAGGUCGACCUCACUCCUGGCAUUCAACCAAACUUGCGGAGAACCAACCCGAUCCCAGCAUGAUGCAAAUAUCUCAGGGUACGCUUGGCACCCCUUGGCAUCAGUCCUACCACUCCAGCUCCUCCACCAGCGAUCUCUCUGGCUACGAGCAUGGCUAUCUGAGGAGGAGUCCGGAUCAGUACAGCUCCCGGGGCAGCAUGGAGAGCUUGGACCACUCCUCCCCCGGCUACCACCCUUGUCACCUGUCCCCAGCCAAAUCCACCAACAGCAUCGACCAGCUCUCCCACCUGCACAGCAAGAGGGACUCUGCCUACAGCUCCUUCUCCACCAACUCCAGCAUCCCCGAGUAUCCCGCCGCUCCGUUCAGCAAGGAGCAGUGCUGCUCCCCGGACAGCGCGCAGUGCCGGGCCGGGCUGCAGGAGGGCCUGAGGCAGGCGGACAUCAGGUACGUGCGGACGGUGUACGACGCCCAGCAGCGCGUCUCCGAGGAGUACGAGGUGAAGCCCUCCCUGCUCCCCAGUGGCGAUGCCCGGGCCUCGCUGGACGGCCGUGGCCACACCAGGCUGCUCGGCUUGGGCCGGCACGGCACGGCUCCCUCCUGGGCACAGCCCGACAGCAAGAGCCAACCCCCCAGGGGACCCCCCUUGCCUCCCGCUCGCAGUGACAGCUACGCGGCCAUCAGGCACCACGAGAGGCCCGGCUCGGGUGCAGGCCUGGACCUGAGCAAGCCUGGCAGGACCCAGCCUAAAGGGGCCUGGCCGCCGCUGAUCAGCUCCCUGUCCCAGGGCCCGCUGCUGAAACCCCCCUUCGGAGAUGGGCAUCUGCACACUGUGGUGGAGAAGAGCCCGGAGAGCAGCCCCACCAUGAAGCCCAAGCAGAGCUAUUCCCAGGCAGCCCAGCCGGGGCAGCCCCUGCUGCCCACUGGUGUCUAUGCCGUGCCCUCCCCAGAGCCGCACUAUGCCCAGGUGCCCCAGCCUUCCGUGGGCAAUCCCGGGACGCUUUACCCAGCUCUGGCCAAAGAAAGCGGGUACUCUCCAUCCCUCCCAGUCUCUUAUGACAAGGCCACAGCCAGCAGCACCCUGGGCUUUGAUGAGAAUGGAAACCAAAGCACUACAAACAGAUCGACCGUCUUCUACCAGCCCCCUGCAGCUGAGAGAAAGCUGGAAGCCAAACUUCUCCAGCAGAAACCUCCCAGUGCAGCAGGCCCAGAGCUCUCCCUGGCCACGUCACGGAAGGAGGAGCUGUUACCCCUUUACAAGGCAGCACAAAGCCACCGUGAGACCCCAGGUACCACCCAGGCCUCCAAACCCAUUUUCCAGGCUCCACAGCCCCAGCUGAGGGAUGCUAGUGAGAGAAAAUCCCAUUACCAGCCCAAAGAGGACUGGACACCUGGAUCCCAGGAGGACAAAAAUGGCAACAUGCAGUUAAACGAGAGAGAAGCUGCUGCUCACCACCAGUGGGGUCACAGCAAGGCCAAGCAGUACAGCUUCUCCUCCCUGCAGAACAUCCCAGAGAGCUCCAGGAGGCAAAGCAGCUCCGAGUUAAGAGAGAUGCAAGCAGGAGAGUGUUAUUCCAACACCAAACUGUCCUUCCUGAACAGCAGCAGCAAAGAGGAGAAGGAUCACAGGGGACAGGGCCACAGACAGUGGAGCGAUGUGGACCCACAGGCCUUCACGAGGCAGGAGGAGGAGGAUGUGAGCGUGACUCUGUUCCAUGCUGCCGAGCCAAAGUGCAAAGAGCCUCCUUCUCCACAGCACCCAAAGACCUCAGAUUUCGGGAGGAGCCGGCUCAGCUCCAGCAGCACCCAAAGCUUUCCCUAUGGCAAACCAGAGACUGGCAAGCCCCGCUGCUCGGUGCUGGAGAAGGUCAGCAAGUUUGAGCAACGGGAGCAGAGCACCCCCCGGCCCCAGAGCGCUGGCAUUCCCAGCUUCGGCCAGCACUACGGGCCGAGCAGGACGAGCCAGCCCUCUGGCACGAGGGGCUCCCUGCUCAGCCCAGAGGAUGUGCGGAGCAAGCUGCCCACGGAGCUGGCCAGGGGCUCCAGCCCCUCCGUCAGGAACGGGAAGCUGGACGAGGCUGAGUGGCGCCCUGUAGAGCUGCAGAUGGUGGCUUCGGUGAAGCAGGCGAGACCCACUGACUACUACGGCCUGUGUCCUGAGAAUGAGGGGCAAGGAAGGGCGGCCCAGCUGCCGCGGAGUAAAAGCACGUUCCAGCUGGCAGGGGAGCCUGAGAAGGACAUCCUCUGGAAGGACAACAUCCAGGACGCCCACGGGUCGCAGCUGGACACGCCAUUUAACAGGGCCUACAGGAACAGCAUUAAGGACGCCCAGUCCAGGGUGCUGAGGGCCACCUCGUUCCGUCGCAUCAGCCCCCCGUUCGGGAGCGCUCCCAAGAGGAUGCCCCAGCGUCCUGCCUCGGCCCACGUGGGCAUGAGGAGCACGGCAUCAUCUCCGCACACGCCCAAGGAGAGGCACAGCAUCACGCCCACGGAAGACGGCCUCUCCGCCCUGGACUACGCCAGGACACAGCACGUGCUGCGCAUCGGGGGCCGCAGGCGGCUGACAGCAGAGCAGAAGAAGCGCUCCUACUCGGAGCCGGAAAAGAUGAACGAGGUGGGCAUCUCGGAUGGGGAGCCGUCGCCCUUCUCCUUCCAGAAGAAGAGCAUCCAUUUUGUCUUCCCGGAGAACACGGUGGCUGACCGGCGGAAGAUCUUCGAGAGGGAUGGCAAGGCUUCCUCCACAGCCAGCCUGUCCAAGCCCGAGCUCAAGCAGCUCCAGCAGAGCGCCCUCGCCGACUACAUCGAGCGGAAAACAGGGAGACGGCCGUCCUCACAGGACGUGGGGCUGCUGAGGGAGCGUUCCCACAGCUCCUACCUGCAGGUGGGGGGCACAGACAGCCAGAGCCUUUCCUCUGCCUCCAGCAUGAAUUCCCUGCAGGACCAGAACCUUUACCGCCGGAGAGAGUCCCUAGAGCGGAUAUCCAGGACAGGACGGAUGUCUUCUACCCUUCCUCCUGGGCUGGUGGACUACUUGGACACGAGUGGAGAUGAGAAGGCAGGGCGCCAGGACAGCUUGGGCACAAGCCGGCCAAAAGCAGAGAGGUGCCGGGAUUACAGAGCCAGGACAGAGCUCACCAAAGGCACCCAGACAGACCUGCUGGGUGUGCAGGGCCAGCCUCGCUACAGGAACCAGGAGCAGGUCUUUGAAACACCCUCCACCACCAGGAAAUCGGGGAAAUCAGUGUCUGUGGAAGACCUGCUCGAUAGGUACGACAAUCAGCCGGUCCCUGUGCACGUACGUUCCAGAUCGUCUCCCACGGCAGAAAAGAAACACCAGGAGCUGCUGAGAAGGGAAAGCAGUGAAUUCGGCCCCAUGGUGAGGGAUCCCUUCUACGUGGUCAGCGCAGGAGCCAGGUCUUUCAGCAAGAAAGAAAGAAGCCACUCAGAGAGACUGGCAUUCACCAGUUACUAUCCCCACCCUCCCCGCAGCAGCGAUGUUAUCGCUGGGUCCACCCCACUGACAGAGAACCACAAGCUCUCAGAACUUUCCAGGCCAGAUGGCAGGACUUCCGCAUUUUUCCCAGCCCCAACAGAGGCAAGGAGUCACUAUCCUGAGCAAAAGCAAGGCUUUAAACCCUUGUUCCUUAACCUUACUCCUUCUGGAUCUGGCCAGCCCUCCCCCAACACACCCACCCAGGCUCCCUCAGACUUCCAGAGCACAGGCGAGGGCCAGGCUCUGAGACAGCACCAUGCCAAACGAGAGGCUCUUCCCCCUGAGGGCGACGGGAAUCUCCAGCCACAACCCCUGGAUGCUGUGCAGGAUAGAUCCCCAGAGACUCCCAUUGAAGAAAUGGUGUGGAGAAGGAAGGCCGGGCUGCUCCACAGAUCCCUGCCCCCCAAAGUGGCGUGGGCUCCUCCGGUCAAGGACAACAGCUCCGCGAGGGCCGUGGUGUCUCUCCCAGCAGCCGGGCCCAAGCUGUCCCAGAGGUGGCAGUCCCUGCCGACACAGAGCAGCACUUCUUCCGACCCGGAGACUCCCUCUCCCCAAGGCACCACCCAGCUGCGGAUCUCGGAGUCGGGGCUGCAGCUCACACCCCCGCCCUUGCUGCAGGACGAGGGGGACGACGAGGUGUUCGUCGCACCUUCCCAGCCGCCCUUCUCCCUGCCACCACCGUCCCGUCCUCUUCCCGAGCUCAGCUCUUGCACUUCUGCCAACGGCACGGGGGAAUUCCCACCUCCCCCCCCAGCCAUGGUGCUUGAGGGGAACGGGGCAGCUGGAGACAAAUCCCCCCGGCUCCCAGAGGAGGCCAGUGCGAGCAGCUUCAAAAGCUUUCCCAAAGCCCCAGCUGAGAGGGAGAUCACAGGGUUGGGCACCAGUAUCGGUGAAAAUAACUGGCCCCUCUCACCAACUGCAAAGAGGACUAGCUCUCCAUCUGCUGUGGACCAGCAGCACCAGUCACCUGCUACUUCUGAAGGGCCUCAAAGCACUGAUACACAGCCCAUAACUCAGCCUGAAGGUGACCCCAGAGAGUCAGAGUCGGAAAACACCAGCCCAGACUCCGGGAUACUCAGCACAGUACCUCCAGUGAAGGCAAAGAAAAAGACCCCAGAGGAUAUUAAGUCAGAGGCUCUGGCAAAAGAAAUUGUCCACAAAGACAAGUCUCUGGCAGAUAUCCUGGAUCCAGAUUCCAAAAUGAAGACUACCAUGGACUUAAUGGAAGGGAUUUUCCCCAGUGGAACCAGCUUGCUGAAGGAGAACAACAUGAAGAGGAAGAUGUCACAGAAGCAAGUCAGCAGGACGGCUGUUGGGGAAGACACGAGAGAGGAAAAGGAAGCUCCCAUCACCCUGGUCACCUGUCCUGCUUAUUACAGCGUUUCAGCACCCAAAGCAGAGCUGCUGAAUAAAAUCAAGGACUUGCCAGAAGAAGGUGAGGAAGAGGAGCUGCUGGACAUCAACGAGAAGAAGGCUGAGCUCAUCGGGAGCUUGACCCACAAACUGGAAAUCCUGAAGGAAGCCAAGGAGGGCCUGCUCGCAGACAUUAAGAUGAAUAAUGCCCUCGGAGAGGAGGUGGAGCUGUUGAUCAGCACGCUGUGCAAACCCAACGAGUUUGACAAGUACAAGAUGUUCAUUGGCGAUCUGGAUAAGGUGGUGAACCUCUUGCUCUCCCUCUCGGGACGCCUGGCCCGUGUGGAGAAUGUUCUGAGUAGUCUGGGGGAAAAUGCCAACAGCGAGGAGCGGAGCUCGCUGAACGAGAAGAGGAAGCUGCUGGCUGGCCAGCACGAAGACGCCCGGGAACUCAAGGAAAACCUUGACCGUCGGGAACGGGUGGUCUUGGACAUCCUGGGCAACUACCUCUCCGAGGAGCAGCUCCAGGAUUACCAGCACUUUGUGAAGAUGAAGUCCGCGCUCCUCAUCGAGCAGCGGGAGCUGGACGAUAAAAUCAAACUGGGCCAGGAGCAGCUCAAGUGCCUCAUGGAAAGCCUCCCCACGGACUUCACACCCAGGGAUGCAGCAGCAGCAGCUGCCCUGGCUGCAGCACUUGCUACCUCCGUGGGGGUCGGUGGUAAAACACCUCCAGCAGCCUCUUCCUCAUUCUAACCUGUCCCAGGUGGACCUGGGACACAGUCCUGCUCCAGUCUGUUUAAUCCAAGUAUUUGGCAGAUGGUUCUCUACAAAGACAAUGAAAGGAGACAGGUUUAAAACAAGAUUUUAAUGAAGGAAAAAAAAAAUAACAGUAAUAAAGGUUUUGUUUUCCUUUCCUUCCACCUCUGCUUCCUGGAAAGUUAAAUCAAUGUGGAGGGAAAUCUCCUCCUGCCAGAGAUGAGGAAGAGUCUCACAAGAAUUAAACACAUGACCUUUAAUAAAACACAUGACCUCCUCUCUUCCUGCCCUUUCCUGCCUACCUGGCACCUCAUUAAAUAAUGAAGGAUCUGAAAGAAUGAAGCCUUAAAAAUAAAACCAACCCAUUUUACUGAACAUUAUUGAUAUUUAUAUUUUUUAAAGAACAAGACAGAAUGUGUAAGUUUUUGUACAUACUCUAAUCAGUUACUUGAUUCUACUUUGUUCUGUACGUAGAAAAAGACAUUUAAUUUUGUAUUUUGUGAAGACCUUAACAAAAAGAGGGAACCCCAAAGAUAGUCAUACAGUAGCUUGGAACAUCUCAUCGUGGUUUUGUUGCUGUUGUUGUGGUUGUUUUUUUUAAUAUAAUAAAGGGCUACCA